GCUCGCACUGCACAGUGGCAAACGCUCACUAAACUGCAUACAUAACAGCUGACCGAGCGGUGUGCACAUACCGCCGCUUCGCUGGCGAGCUCGCUGCACUCAGCCGACCCCCCCCCCAAGUCCCCAGUCGGCUCCACAACAAUGAAUGGAAUGCCUCCCGUGGGCGUGGUGCCGAGCGCGUGCCGACGCAACCCCGCAGCCCGCAGCCCAGCCUCACCCCAGGCUCAGCCGCCACACUGAGCACAGGCGGGCGAUCUGGCGCUCUGGCGCUCUGGCGGGCGCUGGCGCUCACGCCAGCCGUGAGAUCUGCCCGAUCUGCGCCAGUUGCAUUGUUGUUGCAGAUCGCAGAUCAUCUGGCCGUGCCUCCACCAGGUCCUCACGCGAUGAUGGGUCGCGGCCCACAACCCGGUGUCUACGGGUAUCCAGGUCAUCCUCAUCCUGGUCACGGACCACCUAUGCCGCCUCAUCCGCACAUGGUUCACCCGCCGCAUCAUCCUCCUGGUCCGUAUGGUCCACCGCCGCCGGGGUACAUGCCGGGGCCCGGCUUUGCCAUUCACCCCGGCCCACCGCCUGGCCACUUCCGUGGGCCGAUGCGACCGAACGACCACGGCCCACCCGGUGGACCGCCAUACCAUGUCGACCAACGGCGAGUGUCGCACUCGCACGAUGUUGGGCAUGGACCACCCCGCCCUGGGCCGCAGUCUGGCCCAGGCGCCGGAGAUGGUGAAUGGGAGACGGAGGAGGAGGAGGAUGAGCUGGACGAGGAUAUGUAGGCGACGCGACACGUGGGACGUUUUAGGAUGGGUAAAAGCCGUGGACUGUGUUGUUGAUUCGGGGCGAGAGAGACGACGAUUCGACGAUUUGUUCAAUUGUAGAGAGUUAGCACAGGGUCGCUGGGCGAGUCACCGUGCCCUCGUAUCAUUCUAGUGAUCUUGGCAUUUGCAGGCUCGCGUGCUGGCU